UGCUGCCAAGGAGAGACCCCCUCGUCUCCUGCUGCAACUUAAUGGGGCGUGCUGCAGCAUCCGCUGCGCUGUAUAUGGAGACAGCAGCAGCAGCAGCAGCAGCAGCACUAACAACAACAACAUCAACAACAGCAGAUACGCCAUCAGUAUCAGAAGCAGCAGCAGCAGCAGCAGCAGCAGCAGCAGCAGCAGGAUACGUGACGCCUUCGCUCCAGCACUACGGCCACACCUCAACAGGAGCAGCAGCAGUAUCAACAGCAGCAGCAGCAGCAACUCGUUGCUUGUCUUGCUAGAGGUCUACGCGUCUGUCAGCAGCGGUAGCGGAGUGCUGCUGCUGCCUGUGGGGCCCCCACGAGUUUCUCUGUUUGCUGCAGCGCAGCAACCGCAGCAGCUGCUGCUGCAGGGGAAAGGCUUUUCAUCGGCAGCAGCAGAAACAGCAGCAGCCACCGCUGCUGCAGCAUUAGCAGCUACUUCUGCUGAAGGACAGAUGAGGAAGAGCAGCGGGGGGAUCCUUCCGCAGCAGCAGCAGCAGCAGCAGCGGCAGCAGCGGCAGCACCUGCUGCUGUCAGCGGCUGCGCAGCAGCAAAAGGCGGCAGCAGCGCAGCCUCUGGUGACCCUCUGCUUGCGGUUUUGUGUGCGGCAAGCAUUGCAGCAGCAGAAUAGCAGCAGCAGCAGCAGCGCAGCAGCCCCAUCGUUUGCUGCAUUGGGACCCCACGAGGAGCUGCUGCUGCUGCUGCCGCAGCCGCCAUUUAGGUGUUUUCUGCGGCAGCAGCAGCAGCUGCUGCAGCAACUCACGUACGAUGCAGCAGCAGCAGCAGCACCAACGAAUUCCGAUGCAGCGCGUCGCUGCCAGCAGCUGCAGCUGCUGCGGGCAGAGGCCGUCUCAGCAGCUGCGCUGCAGCAGCCCCUUGUUUACUUUAGAGUCCGCAGCAGCAGCAGCAGCAGCAGUAGCAGUAGCAACAACAGGACCAACUGCGUUCUGCUUUACCCAGAGGUGAUAUCCCUGCUGCUGAGUUGCUGCGCCACCGUGCAACAGGAAGCUGCUGCUGCAGCCGCUGCUGCAGCUGCUGCUGCAGCUUCUGUUACAGCCGCUGCUGCAGCCGCUGCAGCUGCUGGUUCAGCGAAAGUAGCAGGCGCUGCUGCUAAUCAGCCUGAAAAGCUUCCAUCUGGGCGCACGCCUCGCCACAGCAGCAGCAACAUUAGCAGCAGCAGCAGCAGCAACAACAACAACAGCAACAGCUGGCGAGACCUUUGUGCAGCAGCAGCGCGGCGGCUGUGGCCCUUGCUGCUGCUUGACCCCACAGCAGACUGCCAGCUGCCUGAGUUGCUGCUGUGCUUCUGCAGAUUACCUGCAGCAGCAGCAGCACUACACAAAGGAGAACAGCCAGCAGCAGCAGCUGCAGCAGCAGAAGCAGCAGCAGCAGAAGCAGCAGCAGUUGAGGAAGGCAAGCUGCUGUGCGUUCUGCUGCCGAGCAUCCGCUGGGAAAAAGGGCUGCUUCGCUGCGGGGCCCUUCAAAUAUGGGGACUGCAGCAGCAGCAGCAGCAGGUAGACGGGAUACAGCAGCAGCAGCGGCAGCAGCAGCAGCAGCAGCAGCAGCCUAAGGUGUGGGUACAACGAGGAGAGAUCGGCCCGCUGUCUGUACACCUCAAGACGCGCCGCUGCUGCUGGAAUGCAGAGCGCAGCAGCUUCAGCGAGGAUGCAGCGGCAGCAGCAGCACCUGCAGCAGCAGCAGCAGCGACAACGCUGCAGGUGCUGUUGCAGUGGGAAAAGGAGCUGCUGCUGCAUGCAGCAGAAACAGAUGCUGCUGCUCUGCUCCUCUGGUGGCAGCAGCUGCACGGAGGACCCACGCAGCAGCAGCAGCAGCAGCAGCACCAACACCAGUCAAAUGCUCUUGUGAGCAGUUGCAGCAACAGCAGCAACAGCAGCAACUGCAGCAGCCUCUGGCAGGAAUUAGGCGUGGAAGCAAGCAGCACAUUCUCCAUUCAGCUGCUGAUUUCCCAGCAGCAGCAGCAGCAGCAGCAGCAGCAGCGGGCGGUUGGAUUUACUGCGGGGCUGGGCAAAGUGAGCGUGGAGUUCUAUAAGCCGCCUGCUCUGUGCAGCAGCAGCAGCAACAGCAGCAGCAACAGCAACAGCAGCGGCUUGCCUGCUCUUCUCAGUGGCUGGCGCUUUCUUGUGAGUCGUCCCUAUGCUGCUCUGCUGCAGCAGCAGCAGCAACAACAGCAGCAGCAGAUUUUACUGCAGGACCCAUACCGCAAGACAAUGUUUGGCGUCUUCGCAGCAGCAGCAGCGGCUGCUGCUGGUGGACAAAAGGAUGCAGCAGCAGCAGCAGCAACAGAGGCCCUGUUGCUGCAUGCUGAAGAAGAACUAGCUGCUCCUCAGUUAAGUAAUGUCUGUCUACCUGCUGUUUCUCCUGAUGCUGCUACAGGUUGCUGCAGCAGCAGCAGCAGCAGGAACGGCAGCAGCAGCUGGUGGCUGGCCUUUGCUGCUGAGCGAAGGCAAGGCCUGAUAACGCUCCACAAGUGCCCGCAGCAGCAGCAGCAGCAGCUAGUGCUGCAGCAGCCGAAGCAGCAGCAGCAAGACAAGGAGAUGAACAAUUGGUGUCUCCUUGAUGGAGAGGGGCUGCUGCAGCAGACAUCGUGGGGGCUUGUGCUGCUGCCGAUGACGCUGCAGCUGCCUGCUGCUGCUGUUGCUGCAGCGUGUGCAAUUCUCCGCUCGUUUGCUGCAGAGCUGUCUGCAGCAAGCGCUGCUGCUGCUGCUGCUGGUGCUACCUCAAGACAAGUUGCUGAAGCGGGGCUGGCUAGGGAGUUGGUGAGGCAGCGCAUGCAUCACCACAAGGCAGCAGUUGCUGCAGCAGCAGCAACACAAACUGCAGCAGCAGCAGCAGAAACUGCUGCAGCAGCAAGCGCAACAGACGCUGCAGUGCCGUUGCUGCAGCGCAGCAGCUGGGAGAUCCGCUGCGGCACGUUGGCGGUUAACUUCCUGGUCUCCUCAGCAGCAGCAGCAGCAGCAACAGAACCAGCAACAACAGCAGCAGCUGCAACAGCAGCAGCAUCAACAGCAGCAGCAACAGCAGCAUCCCGUGUUGUAGUAAGGAUUGAGGACGGCUUUGCAUCCGCUGUCUCAAUCCGCGCCUAUCACCAACUGCAGCAGCAGCAGCAGCAGCAGCAGCAAGAUACUCACUGGGUCCAGCAGCAGGAACUGCUGCUGCUGGCGAAUGUGAGUGCAGCAACUGCAGCUGCACCAGCAGCAACAGCAGCAGCGGAUGCAUUCCACAGCUGCAGCGACCGGCUGUUCGUACACCCCGUUAACCUGCGCUUGCACAAGUCAAGGCGAAGCAGCAGCAGCAGCAGCAGAAGCAGCAGGAUUGCUAGGGAGUGUUGCUGCUGCACCACGCUGCUUCGGGCUUGCUGCUGCGACAUUUGCUGCAGCUGCCGUUUCACCGUAAGUGGCGCUGCUUGCGGAGCUCACAGGCAACAGCAGCAGGAGCCGCAGCAGCAGCAGCAAGAUCCGCAGAAGCAGCAGCAGCAACAGCAGCAGCAGCUGCUUCAGCAGCUGCUGCCACGUAUGUCCAUACCGCUUGGCUUGCGUCUUUAUGCACACGCAUCUGCGGUGUAUGUUGACCUCAGCGACUAUACAGUGCUGCUGCUGCUGCUGCAGCUGCUGCAGCAACUCCGACGGCAUGCAGCAGAGUCAGCAGCAGCAGCAGCAGCAGCAGCACUGGCUACGUCAGCCCCCAGCAGCAACGAGGAACUUGCUGCAUAUCUUUGCGAUGAUGACCAAGAGCAGCAAGAGCAGCAGCAACAGCAGCAGGAGCAGCAGGAAGUAUGCAUGUUUGUUGAUGCAGUAGAUGCGCUGCUGGCUGCCCCUUGGGGUGCAUCAGCAGCAGAAGCAGCAGCAGCCACAGAAACAGCAGCAGCAGCAGCAACAGCACCUAGGGCUAAGGGCCGUGAGUAUCCCGUUGCUGCAGAUUUGUUGUGGUGCGGUGACGCUGUCUCCUCUGCUUGUCCGACCUGCAGCAGCAGCAGCAAUAGCAGCAGCAAUAGCAGCAGCAGCAGCAGCGGCUGUUGCCCACGCCGCAGCAGCAGCUGCGGCCGGCGUUCUGCCUGUUCACCAGCAGCACGCGCAGCAGCAAGAAUCGCAACACCGGAUGCACCUGCAGCAGCAGCUGCUGCAGCAACUGCAGCAGCAGCAGAACAGAAGGUAGCCGAGCCUGCGUCUCAAAUGCUGCAGCAGCUUGCAGAAGACAGACGCUGCAUGAGGCGUUUGCUGCUGCGCGCCGGCGGCCAGCCGCCCGUUGCUGCUGCUGCUGCUGUCCCUGCUGGUGCUGCUGUUGCUGGGGAACACAUCGCUCUGCGGGCGUGGGGGCUUCAGCUGCAGCAGAGCAGCAGCAGCGGCAGCAGCGGCAGCAGCAGCAACAGCAGCAGCAAAAGAGUUGCCCUCCGCUCAGUUGUGCUGCAGCUGGGCCGAUCUGCUCUGCUGGCUAUACACCCGGCAGCAGCAGCUUCCUCUGCUACAAGGGAGGAGCAACAGCAGCAGCAGCACCAGCAGCACCAGCAGCUGCUGCCUUGCGGCAUUGAAGUCACUUGGAGGAUAUCGCCAGCGCCGAAGCCAGCAGCAGCAGCAGCAACAACUGCAGCAGCAGCGGUGGAGAGGACGGUGUACCUCAGCAACGUGGCGCUGCUGCUGCACCCGCAAGCCGUGGAGCAGCAGCUGCAGCAGCUUGCAAGCAGCCGUUUGCUGCUGCUGCUGCAGCAAGACCUGGCAGGAUCGGAGUCACCCUCAUCAACGCAGCAGCAACACCAGAAGCAGAAGCAGCUGCAGCAGGAGCAGGAGCAGCAGCAGCAGCACCAGUAUGUGCACAAGCUGUUUCUUAACUUCCUGCUGGUGCAUGCGGCAACUGGCAGCAGCAGCAGCGACCUCAGAGCCUUGCGGCUGCUGCUGCACCAGUCAGCUGUAGUGCUAUGGCCUCCUCAGCAGCAGCAACAGCAGCAGCAACAGCAGCAACCGCCGCAGCAGCAACAGCAACAGCAACAACCGCAGCAGCAGCAGCAGCAGCAGCAGCACGGGGUAGAAGUCUGUGAGCUGCGGAGGAUUCAGUCUUCGGCUGCUGCCUACCGUUGCCUUGCAACUGCAGCAGCAGCAGCAGCAGCAGCCACAGGAAGCUGCGAACUACGUACUUUGGAUGCUGCUGCUGCUGCAGUCUCUGUCUGCUGCUGGGCAGCAGCAGCACCGCUGCAGCAUCUGCCGCUGCUGCCGCCCGUCCGCCUAGGGUGUAGUUUGUCUCUAUAUAGCAACAACUCUUUUGCUGCAGCAGCAAACACACCUGCUGCUGCUGCUCCUGCUGCAGUAAGGAGACAAUCUGAAGCAGAACUCGCGUGUGCUUGUCUGCGGUGUCUGUACACCUCAGCAGGCCUGACUCCCUCUGUGCUGGCAGCACCAGCAGCAGCAGCAGCAACAACUGACCCUGACCUUGCUGCUGCUGCUGCUGCUGCCUACACUGAGGCCAAUGCAGAGCUGCGGCUGUCUCCUCUCCUGCUGCGCUUGUCUCCGUGGAAGCUGCUGCUGCUGCAGCAGACCCUGACAGGGAUGUGUGGCAUGGCUGCUGCUGCUGCUGCUGCUGCUGGAAGCACACGAGAAACAGAAGGUACAGCAGCAACACCAGCAGCAGCAGCAUCUUGUGCAUCAGCAGCAACGGGAACAGCAGCAACUGAUGAAGAGGCCUCAGACUGGCAGCUGCUUCCUUUCAGGCUGCCGCUGCAGCAAGCUAGCACCACAGCAGCAGAAAGGGCAUCAUCAGCAGCAGCAGCUGCAGCAGCAGUAAAAGACUGUCCUUGCCUGCCGCUGCGCGCUGCUGCAGCAUGCAGCAGCUUCUGCGGCGAUGAGGAGCAGCAGGCUGCUGCUGCUGCUGCAGCUCUUGAGCCGAUGCAAGCUGUGUACUGCAAUAUCACAUCUGCAGCAACAGCAGCAACAGCAGCAGCAGCAGCAGGCUGCGGACCGGUGUGUGAUUCCUCGCAGGAGCAGCUGAGAGUCUUAAUCUGCUUCCCUAGGCCGGUUUGUGUCGCUGCUGCUGCAGUUCGAAGCCUCCGCUUCUGCUGCCAGCAGCAGCAGCAGCAGCAACAGCAGCCACAAGGCUGGGGAGUGCAGAGCGUUGAGGUGUACGACGAGCUGCAGCGGUGUUUUGCUGCUGUCGCUGUGGCAGUGCCUCAGCGCAGCAGCAGCAGCCUCCUUGCGCGACGCUUCAGGAUCACCCUGCAGCAGCAGCAGCAGCAACAGCAACAGCAACAACAGCAGCAGCAGCAGCAGCAGCAAGGGCUAGUGCCGCAGCAAGAAGUGCUGCAGGAGCAGCUGCUGCUGCUGGCUGCCUUUCCUGUGCUACGGGCCCCCCUGAAGCAGUGGCGGCUGUCGCUGCAGUGCAGCGGCUGCUGCGUGACGUUUGCGCAUGCAGCAGCAGCAGCAGCAGCAGACACAGCAGCGGGAACAGCAGCAGCAGCAGCAGGGCCUUACCCAUUUGAUGCUUUAGGCCUUGAGGCUCCGUCUGUGGAAGCAGCAGCAGAGACGCUUCAGCUGUCGCUGCAGCACGUAUCUCCAAUCUGCCCGCGAGAACUUCCUGUUGCUCGUGCUGCUGCUGCUGCUGCUGCCGCUGGUCUUGCUGCAGCAGGAGGCGUCGCACUGCUGCUGCGCUUAGGCCAGCUGAGGGCGCGAGUGCAGCACCCGUCUACUCUGCAGCCUCUGCAGCUUCUGCACUGCCCCGCAGUGACACUGCAUGCAGCAGCAGCAGCAGCAGCAGCAGGAGCAGCAGCAGCAACGGAGCGCAUUUCUCUCCAUCCAGCACUGUUGAGGCUGCUGCCUGGUGGUGUGGCAGUGGGUUUGCUGCUGCAGCGGCAGCUGGUGCUGCACCUCGAUAGCCUUCGGCUGUGGCUAGCAGCAGCAGCAGCAGAAGCUGCUGCUGCUGCUUUUGCAGGAGACGAAGGCCCCAACCAUCAGCAGCAGCACCAGCACCAACAACAGCACCAGCAACAGCAGCAGCAGCAGCAACAGGAGGAAGCUGCUGCAGCAGCUACGCUGCAGCAAAUGUCUCCCCUUGCGCCGCUGCUGCUGGCAAAUCUGCUGCCGGUCCCGCUGCUGCUGCAGCAAGGGGCCUUUGGGGGGUCCUUGCUGCUGCCGUCAGGUGCAGCACGUGCAGCAUUCUGGUGUCUCCCUGCUGCAUAUCCUAGCAGCAGCAGCAGCAACAGCAGCAAGAGCAGCAGCAGCAAAGACCGAAUGGCCUUACGGUUUGCGCUCGCCUGCGGUGGCGGUUGGUCGGCUCCUGUCUUCCCUGUUGCAGCAGCAGCAGCAGCUGCUGCUGCUACAGCUACAGCUGGUGCUGCUGCUGCUGCUGCUGCUCCUGCUUCUACGAGCAAAACGAGUGCACCUGCUGUACUGUGGGAACCGCUGCUGCUGCCUGCGGCUUCAGGAACGUCUUGCGUGCUCUUGCUGCCGAGCCCAAGCAGCAACAGCAGCAGCAGCAGCAGCAGCAGCAGUAGCAGCAACAGGGUUAUGUACAAAGUUUGGUUUGGCGUCUGUCGUAUCUCUCCGCUGCAAACUUGCUGCUUCAUCUGUCCUCCCUUGCUGCUACAGCAGCAACAGCUGCUGCUGCCCCUUUCCUUCCGCACAGACAUAGGGGAGCAGCAGCAGCAGCAGCAGCAACAACAGCAGCAGCAACAGCAGCAGCAGCAGCAGCACGGCGACUUUGGGCUCUGCUUUCAGAAGGAAGUGCCGCCAAUGCGCAAGCUGUUGGAGGUGCUGCUGCAGAGCGAGCAGCAGCGGCAGCAGAUGGUGCUGCUGCAAGAUCGAACUGUGUUGCAAAAGCAGCAGCAGCAGCAGCAGCAGCAGCACAGUUGCCCUUCUUCCUGCGUUGGCGAGGACGCCUUUCAGCAACAGCAAAUGAUGCCGUCACACCAGCAGCAGCAGCAUGCAACCCAGCAGCAGCAGCAGCAGCAGCAACAGCAGGAAACGGACUUCGACUGGGCAGCAACAGCUGCAACUGUGGGGAGGCUGGGGCCUGCUGGUGCUGCUGCUGCAGCGAUUCUGCCGCCUGCUGCUGCUCCUCUUUCUAUAUCAUUGGCGACUGGUUUGGACCCAGCAACAGCAGCAGCAGCAGCAGCAGCCCCUGCAGUAGCAGCUGCUGCUGCUUCAUCGGUUGGAACGACAGCAGGUGCAGUAACAGCUGCAGCAACAACAGCUGCUGCAGCAGCAGCCUGUCAGGGUUCCUUCAGCAAUCCCCUGUUGCUGCUGCAGGCAGCAAACGACCACACGCUGCUGCAGCAACGGAGGCAGCAGAGUUUCUUACGAUGGCUUCAGCAGCAGCAACAGCAGCAGCAACAGCAGCAGACAUUCCAGGCAGGUUUCGUGUUCCUUCCCUCUGCGCCUCAAACCCAGCAGCAACAGCAGCAAUUGCUGCAGCAGCAACAACAGCAGCAGCAGCAGCUGGAGAGCACCACAUGUCUCUUUUGCUACACAGGAGGCGUAGAAGACGACGCCUUUGAUUGUUGCAGCAGCAGCAGCAGCAACAGUAGCAGCAGCAACAGCAGCAGCAGCAUGGGGCCUGUGGUAUUGCGAAUGCGCCCCGCGCUCUCCGCAGUAAACUACAGCAGCAACACGUUGCUGCUGCAGCUGCAGCAAAACUCCUCUGGGUGGACGCAGGAGUUGCUGCUGCAGCCUCACUCUAUGCUUCAGGUGACCGACGCAGCUGCGCCUCAGCUGGUUGCUGCAGCUGUGCACAUAGUGACUGCCAAUCCUGCUGCUGCUGCUGCUGCUGCAGCUGCUGCUGCAAGCCAGGAUAUUCAAGAAUCUGCAACGAAUGCAACAGCAGCAGCAGCAGAAGAGAUGCAACAGCAGCGGUGCUUGCUGCUGUCACAGCAAACGAUACCUCUAGCAGCAGCAGCUGCUGCCACUGCUCCUCCCGCAACUCCUUUUGCUGCUGCUGCUGCGCAAACCAGCAGCAGCAGCAGCAGCAGCAGCCCAUGUGGUGCUCCAGCUGAGGCAGCAACACGCUUUAGCUGCUGCUGGACCUCUUUAAGUCUUAUCAAGCCACAGCAUCAGCAGCUGCAGCACGAACAGCUGCUGCAACAGCAAACGGAGCAGCAGCAGGUGCAGCAGCUGCUGGAUUUGAAAAGAUGCGACACGGGUACCUUGGGCGGCAGCAACAGCAGCAGCAGCACCUGUAGCUCUGCUGCAGGCUCAGCAGCAGCAUCAGCAGCAGCAGCCGUACCUACUGAGGGAGAACAGCAAACGCAUCAUCAGCUACAGCAGCAGCAGCAGCAGCAGGAGCUGACAGGAUCGGUGCUGGUGCAUGCACGUUGUUGGAGUUCGCCUCAGCGCGUGCUGCAGGUGCGCAUACACCCCAAGUGCCUCGCCAGCAGCAGCUGCCCCCUCAGUGUCUUUAUUAGAGAUAUAUACGGGAGUAUUGUUGAAAUACCAGCAGCAAGCAGCAGCAGCAGCAGCAGCAGCAGCAGCAGCAGCAGCAGCAGCAGCAAGGCAGCAGCAGCAGCCGUUGACUUGUCUGCUCUUUGCUGCCUUCGCCGGGAUCAUGUCGCUCCGUUUGCUGCAUAUAUUGGGGUACGCUGCAGGAGCAGCAGCAGCAGCAGCUGCAGCAGCAACUGCAGCUGCAUCUGCUGGAGCGAGUCGCUGCAGCAGGUGUCUCUCAAUAAGACUCUCCGUGUCUGCAUUCCCCUAAAAUGCACGUGCAGCAGCAGCAGCAGCAGCAGCAGCAGUAGCAGCAGAGACGGCGAAGCAGCGGACAGCUAUGCCGUGCUGCUGCUCAGCCUUAACCGCCGAAGUCCUGAGGGUUGCUGCUGCAGCGCAGUACCGCAGCAGCUUGUGCUGCUGCUGUCUCCUCCCCUUUGGGUACGGAGUCUGCUGCCGUUUGGGGUGUAUGUACACCUAGCAGUUGCUGCUGCAGGCAGCAGCGGCGUGUCGCUGCUUGUUAAUCAGCAGCAGCAGCAGCAGGCUGCUGAAGAGGCCAGUUGCUGCUGCUGCCUUGAUCCUGCAACAGCAGCAACGCUGCAUGCACUUGCUGCUGCUGCUGCUGCUGGAGACAACCCCGGCUUGCUGCCUCCAUCUCUUCUUGCAUCGCCACUUCUGCCCCCUCAGCAGCAGCAGCUCCUACAGCAACUGCAACAGCAGCAACAGCAGAAGCAGCAGCAGCAGCAGCAGGCAACACUUAGCCUCGAGGCCGUUCAGAGCGUUUCCCCUCCUCUGCUGCUGCGCAUGGCGGAUGCUGCACACUGGCAGCAGCAGCAGCAACAGCAGCAGCAACAGCAGCAGCAGCAGCAGCAAGUGAGGUGGACAGACAGCGUAGCCUUGGUGCUUCGGAGCGACUUCUCCUUGGGAACAGCGUCUGCUGAGAAGCAGCAGCAGCAGCAGCAGCAGCAGCAGCAGCAGUGGCGAGGCGGGGGCUCGGCUCCAGAUGUGCUGCUGCCGCUGAUGAAUCCUUGCACCUCGCGACCUCAGCAGCAGCAGCAACAGCAGCAGCAGCAGCAGCAGGAGUUGAGUGCAGCAGCACUGUGCAGCUUGGGUUUGCUGCCGCCUCUGCUGCUGCGGCUGCUGCAUAUAUCCUACGGUGUCCACUCUAGCGGCUGUCUUUGUCUUUGUUUGUCUCUGUCCUCCUCUCCUGCUUUGCUGCUACUCAACAAAACGCCUUUUACUCUCGCAGUCAAGCAGGCAAGCAGCAGCAGCAGCAGCAGCAGCAGCAGCAGCAGCAGUUUGCUGCGGCAGAGGGUGGCCCCCUUUUCAGCUGCCCACCUGCCUGCUGGGCGGAAACGCCCUCUAGCAGUCUUUGCUGCUGCUGCUGCUGCUGCUGCUGAAUUAGAAGCAGCAGCAGCAGCAGCAGCAGAGGGGCUGUCUGCAGGUGCCACCAAUCAAGCAGCAGAACAGCUGCAGCAGCAACAGCAACAGCAGCAGCAGCAGCAACAGCAGCAGGGUGAUCUUCACCCUUUCUUUGUGGAAGGCGAUCCUCUGCUCUUGCGGGCGCUGUCACGUCAUGCAGCCUGCAGCAGCAGCAACAGCAGCAGCAGUAGCAGGGCAGCAUCCACGAAGGACGGGGUGUAUGUGCAGCUUUGUGCUCUUGAAGAUGAAGAAGCAGAGGGCAUCUGCAUGGAUCUGCUGCACCCCGACAGCAGCAGCAACAGCGGCAGCAGCAACGUGAGAGGCCACUGGUCCCAGCCUUUGCUGCUGCAGCAGCAAAGUGAUGCAGUGUCUCGCUUCUUAGUGCCCUGCAUACCGAGACAGUUUGCUGCUGAAUAUGCAGCAGCAGCAGCAGCAGCUGCUGCUGCUGGUGCUGCCGAUGGGGCUGGCGCUGCUGCCCCUGCUGCAGCAGGCGCUACUUGCUGCACUCCGUGGCAGCUACUGUUCCCUUCAAGGGCUGCAGCAGCAGCAGCUGCUGCUGCUGCUGCGCCCAUAGGUGGAUGCAUGGUCGCGCAUCUCCGCAGCAGCAGCAGCAGCAGCAGCAGCUGUUUCGUUCUGACCGUAGACUUCGUGCCUUUUCGGGGUUCUCUUGCUUGGGAGGCGAUGGCAGCAGCAGCUGCUACUGCAAGUGCUGCUGCUGCUGCUGCAGCUGCUGCUGCGUGUCCCGCAGCUGCAGCAGCAGCAGCAGCAGAAGCAGCAGAGAGGCUGACGCGCUUCUGUGUCCCUUGCCCCUUGAAGCAAGUGGAAUCACUGCUGCAGCAGAGGCAAGCAGCAGCAGCAGCAGCUCUUGCAGCCGUAGCUGCAGCGCCAAAGGGUGCGCCCUUGCACGCUCUUGCUGCAGCAGCAGCAGCAGCAGCAGGAACAGCAGCAGCAGCAGCAGACGCCACAGAAGACACAGCAGCAGUAACCCUACCAGCUGCUUCAGAGCGACGAAACAGUCGCAGCAGCAGCAGCAGCAGCAUUACCCAGUGGGUGCAGCACCUUACCUUUGAGGUGUCUAUUGACGAGGCGCUUGGGGCCCUCUCCUCUCCAGAUACAGCAGCAGCAGCUGCUGCUGCUGCUGCUACUUCCAGCAGCAGCAGCACAAUGGGCUCUCUUGUUGUCGCUGCUGCUGCUGCAGCAUCUGCUGCUGCUGAAACGGAGAGCAUGGAGACAGUCGUUGCCCACUUCAGGCGCAUUCGCUAUGUCUUCCGCAGCAGCAGCAGCAGCAGCAGCAGCAACAGCAGCAGCAGCAGUUUGCUGCAGCUGUUUGAGGUAUGCCGAGGAGAGCAUUCGCUGCUGUUCGACUCCGCUUCGCUCAGCAGCAGCAGCAGCAGCAGCAGCAUGAAGCAAUGGAUCUGCUUGCCAGCAAUAUCUUGCCUAGUUUCAUCUCUUAGCAGCAAAGUAGCAGAGCCUGCUGCUGCUGCAGCUGCUGUUACAGCGGCGCAACAGCAACAGCAACAGCAGCAGCAGCAGCAGAAGCAGCAGCAGCAGCAGCAGCAGCAGCAGCUCGCAUCCCAUAUGGGCAAAGGAGCAGCGAUGUCUCCAGUCGUGUCUCUGCCGCUGCUUGCGCUCGAAGCAACAGAGACACCUCAGCAGCACCAGCAGAAGCAGCAGCAGCAGCAGCAGCAGAAGGGUAAUGUUGUUUGCAUUCGUGCUGACGAGGACCUUCUGCGGUGGGGCGUGAGUUUUGCUGCUGCUGUCUCCGCACUGCGACCCCUUUUCCAGCGACAGCAGCAGCGGCAGCAGCAGCAGCGUGUAGCAGCAGCAGCAGCAGCUGCUGCUGCUGCUGCUGUUCCUGCAGUCUGGGCUGGGGAGCGCUUGAAGCCCCGCAGCAUCGGGGAGGUGUUUAUAUCUCCUCUUCGUUUUUGUGUCUCUUUGCAGCUUCGAGGUGCUGCUGCUCUUGCUGCUGUUUCCCGCUGCAGCGUCGGGUUCCCGGUGCUGCUGCUGCAGCAGCUGCACACGCCGCUGCUGCUGCUGCAGCGGGAGCUGCUAGCACACUAUACUGCUUUGCUGCUGCUGCAGACACCACAGAUCCUUGCUGCUGCUGCUAUGCUUGGUAGCUUAGGGGCCUCGGUGCAGCAUGUUGUUGCUGCAGCAAAGGCGGUGUACGUACACCCUACUGCGAGAGGCGCUGCUGCUGCUGCAGCACAUGCUGCUGCUGCUGCUCUCAUACCUUUGGGCUCAUUUGCUUCUUCCUUGCGGCAGAUCCUUCCUACCUUUCCGCUGCGAGAGCUGCUGCAGCAGCAGCAGCAGACACAGCAGCAGCAGCAGCAGCAGCAGAUCAUGACUACAGCAGCAAAGGCCCUAGUUGGGGCUGCUGCGCUGCCGCUGCAUGCAUUGCUUGCUGCUGUCUCUGCUGCUGCAGCUGCACUUACACCGCAGCUCGUCGAUGAGCUCGAGCAGCAGCAGCACCCUCUUGGCUGCCUUGCUUGUGCUGCGCUGCUGCAGCGAGUGCAGCAGCAGCAGCAGCAACAACAACAAUUGCAGCAGCAAGUUGCAGAAGCGGCGAGGGAAAUGCUACACCCAGACCGCAUCGAGGCGCUGCUGCAGCAGCACCUGCAGCGACAGCUGCUGCUCCCCUGCAGCAGCAGCAGCUUCUGCAGCAGGACCCAACAACGAAUAAUGCUGCUGCAGAAUUCUCUCAGCAGCAGAUGCAGCAGCAGCAGCAGCAGCAGCAGCAGCGGUAGCAGCAGCACUGUGCGUCUCGCAGCAGCAAUUGAUGCGUCCCUCGGGUACUGGGAUAGCCGCUGCUGGCUGCUGCAGCUGCAGCACAGCAGCAGCAGCAACUGCAGCAGCAGCAGCAACAAUGGCGAGGACGAGCAGCAGCAGCAGCUAAACUGGCAGCUCCACGCAGCAGCAGUUGGGAUGACUGUCUCCGAGCUGCUGCUGGCGUACAUCAGCCCCCCUGCAGUCUGCGGGGCGGUGCUUCCUGAGGAGGGACCAUUUGCUGCAGCAGCAGCAGCAGCAGCAGCGGCAAAUGGAUCGAAGCUCGGCAGCAGCAGGGAAGCUGCGUUGCAGCAGCAACAGCAGCAGCUGCAGCAGCAGCAACAGAUGAUCCUUAAGUUCGAGAGGUUCUAUCUCUCUCAGGUUUCACUUUCUGCUGCUGCUGCUGCUGCUUACUGCUUCGGCAGCAGCAGCAGCAGCAGCAGACGCAUCAUGAUGACGCCGCCUGAAGCCCAAGCUGCAGCAGCAGCAGCAGCAGCGCUCCAGCAGCAGCAUCAGCAGCAACAACAGUAUUGCAGCACCUUCCCUUAUUCUCUUAUUUCUAUCGAGGCUGGAGGCGUCGCUCCGCGGCUUUGGCUGUUUACAACGGGUGCUGAGCGGCUGGAGGAAAUGCUGCUGGUGUAA